UAACGCCCAGGCCAUGUUAGGUCUAUGAUUGUGUUAUGUAUUGAGUUUUGGUAAAAAAGUAAUAACAAAGACUAUCUAAUAAUCUGUGGUAAUAAUUUGGAAUUGACGAUUUGGUUUAAAAGCAAUUAGAGGCUAAAUUUUGAGCCGUAAAAGACUAGAGAUAAAUUGUUUCUGCAUUACUACGAAAAUGACAACAUUGGACUUUAAAGAAAGUCUCAAUGAUUUGAAGGAAAAAUAUCAUAAAGUAGUAAAACUAAUAAAAGAAGAUUCGAAGAAUGAUCCACUUGAAGAACCUUUCAUUUCUAAAUUUGCAGCAAAAGAAAUAUUGAUUUCAAUGAAUACUUCGCUUGAAAAUUUGUUGAAGGAAAGAGAAUUGGGUAAAGACGAGCAAAAAAAACUGUCAGCUAUGCUUGGAACCGUACACAUUUUUCUGGGUACUAUUGCAAUUGAAAUUGAGGAUCCUUCAACAGCUGAAAAACAUUUGAACAAGUGUCUCCAACUCAUAGAUAAUUUUAUGGAAGAGCCUGAUUACAUAAGUAUUACAUUGAAUGCUUAUAAUCAGUUUGGUAUAUUAUGGUUUAAAAGCGAACCAGGAAUAGGUAAAAGUUAUCUUUCCAAAUCAAUGGAAUUAUAUGAAAAAAAUAAGAAUAAUUCUGAGCCACCCAAAUGCUUGGAUGAUUUAUUUGAACUUGAUUCUACAUGUGUUGAUAGUGAUGAAGCAUGGAAAAGAUUUGAAAAGAUAUGUACAGCUACAUAUUAUUAUCUGGCACAAAUUCAUGGGAGUUUGAAAGAUGCACUGAAAAGUGCAGUUUAUUGUCAUAUAACCCUUAAAAGGCAACUUGUUUACAAUGAAUUUGAAUAUAUUGACUGGUCACUGAAUGCAGCAACAUUAUCUCAAUUUUUCGCUGAACAGAAAGGUUUUAAACAAGCAAGGCAUCAUUUGAGUGCAGCUUCCUAUAUUUUAGAUAUGUAUAAAAAGGAACUUGACAGUAUUGAAAUUCAUGAUGAAAUGUAUGACUGUAAAAUAGAAGAAUUCAAUCAUAGGAAUGCCGAUGUAGCACGUUGUUGGGCACAAUAUGGGUCAUUGUUACUUUCUAAGUCAAAAGAAAGAUUACUUGCUGAAACAGAAAAGGAUGACCCUAAUUAUUUGCCAUCUUCUACUGAUUUAGCAGAUAUUCAAAAUUCAGAUUCUACAGUAUCUAAAGACGAUUUGGGCAAUUUAUAUUUUGAAUCAUUGAAUCUUGAAGAAUAUGAAAAAGAAGUUAGUGAUAAAUAUGUAUUAACACUAGAUGAAGCUAAAGCUGUAUUUUUGAAUUCACAAAAAUGGUUAUUGAAAAGUCAGGAAUAUUACAGCUUGGAAAGUUUAGCGUCGGAUUUUAUAGAUAUUAACCUUAAUCAUUGUCAGUUAUAUCUUGAUUUACUCUUUUUUGAUGAUAAUCCUGAUAAUCAAGCCAAAUAUCAGAAAAGGAGGAUUGAUUUGAUAGAGAACCUAUUAUCACAAAUAAACUCAAAAUUUUAUUUGAGUCAUUGUAGAAAAAUGUGGUAUGAAGUUGGGAAUGCUUAUAUAAAUCUUCUUGACAUAAAAUUGGAUAAACAGAGAGAGUCUAAUGAAAGACCUAAUCCAGCUUCGCUCUCUAAAAUAAACAACAUUAUUUCCAAAGGAAUAGCCUAUUUUACGUUAUUUUUGAGAUCUUUUGAGGGUAAAUCCAAGCAGAUUGAUGAUUACUUAAUGGUUUAUGCUAGGGCACAAUUUUAUAUAGGAGUAUUACUUGGAAAAUAUAUCACAUUAGACAAAUGUAAGAAGCUAGAAAACACUGAAGCUAGUCUACUGGCAUAUCAGAAAGUAUUGAUAUUUUGCGAAAAAUAUCCAGAUGCAAAAGAUUCUAUUAUGGUUGAGUUUGGUGUUUGUAAGGAAAUGGUUGAGUUACUUCCAGCCAAAAUUUGUUUAUUGAAGAAUGAAAUACACACUGAUAAUUAAACAUCAUUAUCCAAAAUAGAUAUAAGGACAUGAGAUAAGAAUAACGUCGAUUUUUUGUGGAAGCAUUUAUUGUAAUACUGUUUUAUUGUGUUCUUGAUUCUUUGUAGUUUAAUAUUCAAAACAUAGAUGCUUGAAUUCACACAUUAGUUGUUAUAUAAUCUCAAAUCAAUGUGAUAUUGUUUUAUUUUUGUUGCAGUCGAUCCAAACCCAUUUUGUUUUUUAUGAUUCUCAAUAUACGAAUCAAAUUAAAGUUAUUUUAUU